AUGGUCGCUGACAGACAAACACCAGGGUCCGGAGUCCAAGACGAAAGACCCAUUAUCAAUCCUGGUGAGGGCGGCUCACACGGUGGUGUCCACAGCUUGAACCCGUACCACAUCCUCAAAAUGGGGCCUGACAUCCCUCCAAAUCCCGCUCCGACAAAGAGAAAGCGACUACAGGGGGCUUGUGACAACUGUCGGAGGAAGAAAGCGCGAUGCGAUUCGUCUGUUAUGCCCGACAAAAAAUGCACAAACUGUAUCGCUCUCGGUUCAGAAUGCACGCACCUGUACGCGAACCAGAAACACGCACAAAUACUCAACCGGACGCCACUGAAGACGGCGGUCGAAGGAGCCAGCUCCGGGACACUCGGCGAGUAUCGAGAUAAGAUGAAUGGACUCUUGCAGGCUGUGCUCUCCUCCACAUACCAAGCCCCAUCCCACCCAGCCAUCCUCCGCGACACCCUCGUCAGCCUCGCCCGCUACGCCCGUGCCCUCGAAGAAGUCCUACCAGCAGACACAUGGGCAUCGACACCAGUACCAGCCAAGUACGAACCACCACCACCCAUCAUCGGCGCCGGGUCACAUUCAGCAUCAGGAUCGAACUUUGGUGAAGGAGAGGAUGAAUCAGGGUCAGAGCAAGGUGAAGGGGAGGGGGAUUCGUUCAGCGAGCACCUGAAGGAGGCGUUCUUCCUCAAGGCCAACCAGUGUGUCUUCACCGGACCCUCCAGCACGUCACACAUGCUCGCCACCGCCCUCGAGUUCAGCAAGGACUACAAUCGCAGCCCACAAUCUACCGAUGGUGUCAUCGAAAAGUACAAACGGCCCCAGUAUUGGAACACCCAACCCUGGGAUUCUCCGCCCGCACAGUCCCGCCAGCCCUUCACAUUCCCUGAAGCCGACCUCAUCAAUCACCUAGUCGAUCUCUACUUCACCAAGGUCCAUCUCUUCAUGCCCUGCCUCCACCGCCCUACCUUUGAGAAUCAUGUGAAGACACGCAUCCACUACACGAAUGCAGAGUUUGGAGCCUGCCUCCUCGCCGUCUGCGCCCUCGGCUCGCGAUAUUCCGACGAUCGAAGAGUCUUUGAAAAUGGAACGAGCUCGGAGCUCGGUUGCGGCUACCAGUGGUACCGCCAGGUCGAGAACUUUUUCUCAGUCUCGAAGGCACCAUCACUAUACACGGUUCAAGCAUACUAUCUUGCAGCAAUUUAUGUCUAUUCCACCUCGACCAGCGAGAAGAGCUGGUAUUUCCUGGGUAUGGCUAUUAGGUCAGCCCAGGAUUUGGGCCUCCAUCGGCCACCAAAGGGCGAUAAGCCCAGUGUGCAGAGCGAACUCCGGAAUCGACUCUGGUGGGCGCUGAUGGUGGCAGAAUGUCUCAUUUCGGUUACGGCUGGCCGACCUCCUUCGAUUCAACCAUGGGAUUACAAUGUGGACCUCCCCGUGGACUGUGAUGACGAGUACUGGGAAAUGCCGGAUCCCACUUUGUCGUUCAAGCAGCCACCUGGGAAGUUUUCGUCUGUGACACACUUUAUCAAGAUUGUUGAGCUCUUCACGAUUCUAAGCUCCAUUCAGCGCUCGCAGUACUCUGUCCGUCCGCACGGCAAGGAGGAAGACCGGACACACUCACCAGGCGCGAUUGAUGUUGCUCUCAGCUCUUGGGAGAAAUCGGUGCCCCCAUUCCUUCGGAUAGGCACGCCACGGCAGGAACCGAAAUUCGUUCAUCAAUCGAUAUCGCUAUGGAUGGGCUACUACUUUGUGCAAAUGCUUGCUAAUAAGCCAUUUGCGUCAAGGAGGAACUUGAGGUCGGCGGCGAUGGAUACGUGCAUACAUGCUGCGAGGUUGUGUAGUCAUGUUAUGGACCACCAUAUGCAGGAUAAAGUGCCGCUUAUGCCUGCUGUUCCGAUGUUCUCAAUAUCCAUGGCGGGGUUAAUACUCCUUAUCGACAUUUGGAGAAAGGAGUUGACGGGUCCUGGGUUGGAGAAUAGUGAAGAAAUCCGGAACAUCCAUAGAUGUAUACGGAUUCUCAAGAAUCAUGAAUCGAGGAAUGCGGCGUUGGGACGGAGAGUGGACCUACUAUUGGCGUUGUUGGCGGUUACGAACCUUCCUCUACCUCCUGAUUCCAUAAGCCACAACGAGCCGAUGGCUAUCCAGCCCGAGUUUAGGGCGGUGUCAUCGACGAGUUCGAGGCCUAGUCUCCCGCCUCCUUCGUCUUCGUCGUCGUCGCAGCCUGUGUAUGACGAUGUGCCUCCUCCAUCUUCGACUCUAUCGACACCGUCGGGAUCGAGAGAGUGUUGGCUGGAUCUCCUGACAGAUCCUGAUUCUCUACGCACACCAGGCGCCUCAUCCUCCUCUUCCUCCUCCGGCUACCCAUACAAACGCCCUUCCUAUGGACGUAGGAACAGCAGUGCGAGCAGCGGCGGGAGCAGUUCGCGCGCGCAUGAUGAGAGGUCGAGUAGGGUGGACAAUAGGUGGCAUCCAUUCCAUCCUAGUUCGAGUUCGAGUGGGAGUGGGAGGGGCCCGUCUGGGUUGAGGCAUAUGCAUAUGUACCAUGAGGGACCGGUUGGGAUGGAUGUGGAUGAGCCGCAUCAUGGUGGUGGUGGGCAUCUUGGUGGGCAUGGCCAUAGUCAUAGUCAUGGGCAUCCGCAUAGUCACCAUUCGCAUUCGAGUCAUCAUGGACAUCAUCAUCUUUCGCCUUCGUUGCAUUCGGCGGGGCAUCAUGGUGGGAGUAGUCUGCAUGGACAUGGGCAUGGACAUGGGCCAACGCAUAAUGGCCCGACGGCCCCUCCUCCGCCGCCGCCGCUUGGACAGAGGGGAAGGUUGAUACCUGUUGGACCGACUGUGCAUGUUCCGGAGACGAGGGGUGGGUCUGGUGGAGGGAGUGGUGGAGGGAGUGGGAAGAAUGGUGCUGGAAGUGCGGGUGGGGGUGGGCCGCCGGUUCCUGGGUAUGGGGCUAAUGCUCCUAGACAAUCGGAUGGAUGGAGGAAUCCGUAUGUGUUUGAUGGGACUGCUGCGAGCUGA